GUGUGCACCAGGGAUUAUUUUAGUUAUUGCUAUACAACAAAUCCACACGUUCGUCACGGUAGAAUCAUCGUAGGAUCAAUUCUCACCUGUGAAAUGUUAUUUCCUGCUGCUUGGUUUUGGCAUUUCUUUCAUGAGAGCAUCAGCACAAAAGUCUGGCAUUGUGUACUCUUCUGAUUUGAGCUGUUCCCGGGCGGAGAUGCCGGGACAGACAACUUUAUGAUACCGGCUCACAAACCGGAUCAUCAUCAUCAUCAUCAUCAUCUUCUUCUUCUUCUUCUUCUUCUUCUGGUUUACGGCUGUUGGCAUCCAGUUUAUUGGUGCAAUACCGCCACCUUCUGCUCCGGAGUGUGGAUAAGGAUACCCUCUCGACAAUCAAACGAAGGAAAUUAAACAAUUAACCAAACAAAAUUAUAGUCUUGUUGACCAUAAAUAUUCUUUAGUACAUUCAUUAUAUUUUCCUCUCCAGUCUCUCUUAAUCCAUUCUUCGAAACUUCUCUCCCUGAAUCGUACCUCUGACAGGACAAUAAAACAUGAUUCACAGUUUCUUCUUCACAAAAUUCACACUUUCCAUUAGUAUGCUUUCCAAUAACAGAGGGAACUGUUAAAACCAGUAUGGCCAUUCCUUGGUCUUGUUAUAAUCCUCUCUUCUUUCCUAAUCUGUCCACUAGAGCCUGCAUUCCUAACCAAUGGUUUAUUUUUUUUAAAUAUAUAUUUCUUUACUCCCUUUAUUCCAUUCGUUCUGCCAUAUCUUUUUGACUUGUCCCUUAAUCACCACUUUGGCUUCUGACUUACUUAUAUUUACAUUAAUGUUAUUUCUUCCACUUUUCAAAGCUCUUUUUUCUGCUUUGUCCACCUUCUCUUUCCAUCAACUCCAAGAUGGGCAGGGACCCACACAAAAACAACAGACACCCACAUUUGAUGGAUUCUGAAUACGAAUAGUGAUUGUAGUAUUUCUCACAAUAAAUCCUCUCUACUUCUGGCAACAUUCCAAGCUCAUUGACACUGCACAUGUCUGAUGCAAUUACCACUCUCUCUGGUCCUCUACCCAUUGAAAGGCAAUAACUAUGGCCAUCAUCUCACAUGCAAACACAAAUAAAUCAUCACCAAGUCUCUUCCCACUCUCAACAUUGAAUUAUGAGAUUACUGCUGCUGCUGCUGCUGCUGUUCUGCCAGUUAAAGCUACCACUACCUCCUUAUUCACUUGUGCCUUCCUCACCUCUGCUUCUAGACAUACUAUUGGAUCCCUUGUUACUCUUCCUUUUCUAAAUCCACUUUGAUGUUUUCACCUAAGAUUUCUUGUUCCCAAAUAAUAUGUUAGUCUUUCUGUCAUCAUACGCUCCAUACUUUUACACAUGUGGGAAGUCAAUGCUAUUGGUCUAUAGUUAGAUGGAUUGGUGGGAUAUGUUGCUGGUUUCCUGAUGGGUACUAUAACUGAUUACUAUGACUGUUUCCCACUUCCUGGUAAUUUUCCUUCCAGCCAAACCCUAUUACAUAAUUGCAAAAUCACUCGUUGGGAGAUGACAUCCUCUAUGAUGUUGCGUGUUACUGCUCCCACUACUGGCUAUAACCAUCCACUGUUGUCCUAUUCUAUUGUAGCCAAUUAUCGAGCAACCACUCUGGUUGCUUUCUAAAACCUUAUACCCCCUUUCUCCCCCUGCAUGGUCUCUCUACUGUCGAUCUACUUUAAUCCUGGCCUCUCCUCGUAUUAACUGCCCCUGUAGCAUUGUAAGCAUAUCCCUUCUUUCCUAUUCAUACUUCCUCAUGGAAUUAGGACGCGCACUUUUGUCUCGUUUUCUUGACACUGAUUAGGUAAUUAGUAAACAUUUCAUAUACAAAGUCGUCACGAUUCCUUGCGGAUCCUGUUCUACCCCGAGUCAUUACAGAUCUGUAUUUUACUUUCUGUCAUCACUGCUGCCCAUGUUGCAUAUAUCUGUGAGUGGAUCAUUUGAACCGUCUUAAGCUAUAAAAGCUAUAUUUGGGUUAAUCACUGCAUUUCAUAUCCCUACCACUGUAAUAUUGGUAAACUCGAUUUUAUAUAUUUUAUUUCCAUUUCAGUUUCUCCAUGUCUCACAAACCGGAUGUAGCGUGUCGGUCUAUAUGUACGUGUGGGUGGUGUCUAUGGACACAAUGAGUUAAGCUAGCAGUUGAACCGGACGGCGUGUUCUCUGCUGCUAACGUUUUUAUCGAAUAGCAGAUACAAAAGGACACAUCUGAUUGUGGGACUCCAAUAAAGAAGACAUUUUAAUCUGGUGAAAUGAGUCAAACCGACCAAUUUCCCCUUGACUGCAAGGUGUAUGUUGGGAAUCUAGGAAACAAUGGAAACAAGACUGAGUUGGAAAGUGCUUUUGGGUACUAUGGUCCUUUAAGAAGUGUCUGGGUUGCCAGGAAUCCCCCAGGCUUUGCUUUUGUAGAGUUUGAAGAUCCCAGAGAUGCAAACGAUGCUGUGAAAGAACUGGAUGGAAGACACAUGUGUGGCUGUCGGGUGCGUGUCGAGUUGUCCAAUGGGGAGAAGCGCUCAAGGAGCCGUGGCCAUCCUCCGUCCUGGGGUAGACGGCCUCGCGACGAUGUAAGUCGUCGACGUAGUCCUCCGGUCAGACGCAGGAGGAGGAGCCGCAGUCGCAGCAGGUCUCUUUCAAGAGACAGAGGCAGACAACGAUCUAUCUCCAGAGACAAGAAGUGCCCAAGAUCCAUCUCGCGGUCAAGGAGUCGUUCCCGGUCCAACGACAGAAAAUGAGGACCUCAAGGAUCAUUCAUCUGCGGAUCUUGCUGUUGUUGGGGGAAAAUACUAAUUUUUAUAGUCAUGUUUUUCUUUUCUCCUGGGUUGAUCAAGUUACAUAUUGUGUAUUGGCAGUCUGUUGAAUUAACAACAAAGGACUGUAGUCCUUUUCUCCGAAAGCAAAUUCUAUCGUACCCUGCAUGUUUUGAAAUGGAAUACUGGAUUUUUAUUUUUUAUUCAGUUUUACAUUACCAUCCUGUUUUUUUAAAAACUUUUGAAUUAAAGCUCAUAUAAUGGUUUUAUUUGUUUUGUUUGCUUUUUUUAAAAUUCUUGGUUGACUCUUAAAUUACCGGCAAUGGAUUCAUGUGAGAUCCACGAGUAGGAGAAUACGUUAUAGCAGUGAUAGAAAUCAAACUGGCAACAAAUGUUGUUAAAUAUUGGCACUGUUAUUUGCAGGCUAUCCUUCAAGCCAAAAACAUCUGUAAUUCUGUGUUUUACCUAUGUCACUUUUGCAAAAAAAAAAAGAAAUGCAUUUACUCUUUUCAAUUUUGCUUGACUCUCUGAGCUGACAAUUUGUGCUGCAGAUAAACAACUUGUUCAAUAAAUGGUUUUCCAAGGUCA